AUGUAUAUAAAUUCUGUUGAAGCAAUCCGAGCAGCAGAUAAAAUGGCCAAAAUUGAAGGAAUGGGCCAAAGAAGCUGGAUUUGUGAAUAUCAAAGACCAUGUGUUCAAGUUCCGCACGGACCUUGGCCAAAGGAUCCUAAAUUGAAAGAGCUUGGUGCUUGGAACCAGCUUCAGGCCAUGGAGGGCUUAGAAGGUUGGACUAUGGCCCCAUUCUGUCGAGUGCUUGGCUGGUCCCUAGAAGAAGUCCAGGUGCAUCUGGCUGGGGCACAGAAAGAUUACUGCGAUCCAAAUAUCCAUGCAUAUAUACCUCUAUAUCUCAUGUAUGGCCAGAAGCCGAAUCCAGAGGAUAAAGGGGAGGAAGGGGAGAAAGAGACUAGCACUGAGUGA